AUGAAUCCAAUACUCACAAAUACGAGUGCUAUGGACAAAGCUGUUCUUCGCAGAUAUUUGGAUUUACCACAGCCAGAUAAUAAAGUCAUGGCUACCUAUAUUUGGAUUGAUGGUAGUGGAGAGAAUCUUCGAGCUAAAACUCGAACACUUGAUGAAGAACCAAAGUCACCAGAAGAAAUACCUUGGUGGAAUUUCGACGGUUCAUCAACCGGACAAGCUGAAGGUUCAAAUUCAGAUGUCUAUCUUAAACCGGUAGCUAUCUUUAAAGAUCCAUUUAUGCUCGGUCAAAAUAAAUUAGUUAUGUGUGAAACAUACAAAUAUAAUAAAGAACCAACAGCUACAAACCAACGAAUAGAUUGUGUUGAUGCAAUGAAAGCUGCACAUGAUCAACAUCCAUGGUUUGGUAUUGAACAAGAAUAUACACUUCUAGAUCGUGAUGGAUGGCCAUUUGGAUGGCCAAAAGGUGGAUUUCCACAUCCACAAGGACCUUAUUAUUGUGGUGUUGGUGCAACUCAAGCACUCGGUCGUGAUGUUGUUGAAGCACAUUACAAAGCAUGUUUAUAUUGUGGAAUUACUAUAAGUGGUACUAAUGCUGAAGUAAUGCCUGCUCAAUGGGAAUAUCAAGUUGGUCCAUGUGAAGGCAUUGAUGCUGCUGAUCAACUUUGGAUAUCACGUUAUUUAUUAUUACGUAUUGCUGAAGAAUUUGGUGUACAAGUUAGUUUUAAUCCAAAACCAAUUCCAGGUGAUUGGAAUGGUGCUGGAUGUCAUACUAAUUUUUCAACUUCAGCUAUGCGUGAACCUAAUGGCAUUGAAGCAAUUGAUGAAGCUAUUACAAAACUUAAAGCUCGUCAUAAGUCACAUAUCGCUGUAUAUGGUAAAGGAAAUGAACGACGAUUAACUGGACGACAUGAAACAGCAAGUAUCAAUCAAUUUAAUGCUGGUAUUGCAAAUCGUGGUGCAUCAAUUCGAAUACCUCGUCAAGUUGGUGAAGACAAAUGUGGUUAUUUAGAAGAUCGUCGUCCAGCAUCGAAUUGUGAUCCAUAUGCUGUUACAGAUAUUAUUAUUCGUACUGUAUGUCUUAAUGAAAAAGAUCCACAAGGAGAACAAACAUUACUUGCGCGAUAG